AUGGAGCGCGUUGAAGAUGGCUCCAGCAUGAACGUGGUUCCGCCCAUGUUCCAUGCGGGCAUCUCAAACAAGUUCACGAAGCGCCAUGUGGGGAAUUUUCGUGAUACAACGCUGACAGCAGCCUCAGCAGCGAAGCAGCGAGCAGAGCGGAAGCUGGAGCGACAGGCCGAUGCGAUCGAGAAGCAACAGCAGAAAAUCGACAGCAAGAUGAGGAAAAUCGCAGAGAUCACGCAAAACCUGCACCGCCAGCAGCUUCGCGAGGCGAAGCGACUUCGGAAUCGAUUGACCUAUGCUACAUCAAAAAUUCAAGCUGCGUAUCGCCGGCAUUUGGAGCGUAUCAACCGAGAGAGGAGGGAUGCGGCCGUGAUCAUCCAGACUUUGGUACGCGGUUUUAUCGCUCGAUGCUUGUGCUGGAGGAUGCGAGUGGAGAUCGAAGAUUAUCUUCAGAAUUGCUCCUCAAUGAUCAUCUCACGGUGUAUCCGCAAAGUAGCAGCAAGACACGGUCGUGCCAGAGAGAUCGAGCUCAGGUAUUGGGCGGCUUGCACUAUCCAAAGCUUGGCUCGAAUGGCUGCCGCAAGAUCGUACGUCCAAGAACAGCGGCGUGAGCGACUAGAGGCGGAGUUGCGACAUCGAGCAGCGAUCGUCAUCCAGCGCAAUGCACGCAGCUUUAUGACGCGGCUGAUCUAUCUGGAUGUGCUGUAUCUAAUCUGCCGGAUCCAGGCCGCAAUGCGCGGGUGUCUUGUCCGGAGGCAUUUACGGUGGAUUCGGGCUUCGGAUGUGGAGGCGAUCUCCAAGUUGCAGGCUCACGUUCGUGGCUUUUUGGUGCGACGGAGAAUAGAGUUCAUCCACGCGGCUUCAAGUACUCGCUCCGCAGCACCAAGCAGUCGAUCGAGUCAGCGUUCCGUCGGAAAAGCGGAUCAGGCUGUACAGGCAGACUUUGGCGGGUCAAAUCGAAAGUUCAAAGGGGUUCGAGGUCAUCUUGAUCAAGGAGUUCGAACUGCGCGAGCAGCUUCGUUCUCACUCGCAGGUGACGAUAAAGCUGGGUUUGCUUCUCUGGCCAGAUCGUCGACGGGAUUAGGAUGGCAACCAACGGUUGAACCUGCAAUCAAGCGAUCGUACUGGUUACCGGCAGGGGCUAGCUUUGAUCGACGAUUGCCUGUGCUUCCAGUACCCAAGCGGAUGAUGGCCUUGGAACGUUCUGGUACUGAUGGAGAUCCGUUUGGUGGAGACGACUUGCGUCUUGUCAACCAAAGCUGGACCCCGAAGAAGCGUCCACUUCAGAAACCUUGCCCAGUUCGCUUAAGCCCCGUAGUUAUCCCGUCGGUGAGAGCUGAAGUAAAUGAUACCUGCUCGAACGAGGUCGGACUGGAGGAAGAUACCAGCGUGUUUGAGAAAGAGGAGCGUAUUCGUCGUCAAGAAGAGCUCAAGCAAAAGCUGCAGGCUCGAAGAAACCAGGAAAAACGCCAGCAAGAGUACGAAUUGAGGCUGAAACGCGAAGCUGAGGUUGAAGCAAGUGAACGGAAGCUGAUGGAGCGCGAGGAGAAGGCAGUGCGUCUGCAGCUGAAGAUCUUGCGUCGACGUUCUAAGGAAGGCAAGAUUAGACAGGUGACGGCUGACCAGCGUCGCGAAGAACGGGAACGCUUGGCCAUGGCACGCGAAGAGCGGCAUAUUCGACUUCAUAUCAAGUUCUGCGCUCGCCAACAGCACAAGAAACGGCAACAGCUUGCAGCAGCUUCGAGUGAGUCGGAAUCGCAGCCUCCGUCCACAUCUUCGAGCAGUCGUGAAGACCGACAACCUUCCGCAGCCAAGUCUCGCAAAACCAAGUCUGGGUCCAAGAAAGGAGACGUCAGCAGCGACGACGGCGGCGAUAUGUCGUUCCUGGACAUCGAUUUCAAAAUACCAGCAUCAAUGAAGCAAGCUCCGAAAUCAACGAAGCCCUUGAAGACUGCAAAGCUCAUGACAAAGAAGAAGAAAAAGACAGACCACGAAGACGAUUGUGGAUACGGCGACGAGUUCGACGACGUAGUGGACGAAGCAGCACUGAGCCUCCUAAUAUGCUGA